AUGGCUCUUGGUGUGCUCGGCAACUAUCGAAUUCUCGCCAAUUAUUUGUAUCGGCUCGCCGACGAGUUCACACCCGACACCACACCGCUUCACGCCAACAAUUGCAAGUGCACCAUUGCCGAUCGACUUUGGUGCGACUAUUUUGGAAUGGGGACGUGCAUCAGCAAGGAGGCACGUGCUCGUCGACGGGAGCGUCGGCGGAUCAUCAAACAGAGAUUACGCGACGCGCGAUCAACCGGCGGCCGAGGUGAUCCGAACUCGACGUCUCGACACACGAAUCAGCGGUCGAGGUCCGACGCGACGCAGGACAUUCGCGACGACAUCAAGGCGCUGAUUCUCGAGACACUCGAAGUCAUUCGGACAUUGGUCAACAACGAGCAGGAGCCGCCACAAUCGCUAUUGAAGCUCAAUUUCAUUGCCGAUGAGGAGAAGGGAUGGAUAAUGGUCGUCAAGGCGUUGAUUCAUACGAUUCCCGACAAUGAUCCGCUGGGUCCGGCGGUCAUCUCAUUGUUCCUCGACGAGUGCCCGCUGCCGAGCAAAGAGUCGGUGCAGAGUCUGCUGGUCUCGUUGCGAUUGUCGGCCGAUUUCGUCGACGCGACACUUUUGCCGCCGGCGUGGCACAAAAACAUGUGCAUCGUGUUGGGGAGUCUCGCCGAGAAGAUGGCCGGCACCGCCGCCGUCGCCAUGUUCAACGACAACAUUCGCGGCUAUCUGAUGCGGAUGAUCGUCUACGGACUGCUCUACAAUCCGCCGGCCUAUCCGAAAGCUUUGAAAGAGCGAAACACGCACGCGGUUCGCAUGUUCGCGUUGUUGGCGUUGGAGAAGUUCGCGCAAACGCGCGAAAACCAAAUCACAAUUUGCAAAAUGCUCACCAAAAUGCCCGUCCAUCCGCUAAUUAGAAUGGAAGAAUAUUUGAGGAGCGAGAAUCUCGAGCGGUAUUGGUUCGCGAAACAGGAGGGAUUCUGCGCGCAAUGGGCCCUCGACAACAUUUUUGUCACCGAAGGCCGCCCGUAUUCGUACGAGACGUGCGACACGUCGAAAAUCAACGCGAUGUUGAAUCACGAGGACGUCAGCGAAUAUCUGAAAAUCGGGCCCGAUGGAUUGGAGGCGCGUUGCGACGUCUCGUCGUUCGAAUCGGUCCGGUGCACGUUCGAGGUCAUCGACGGCGUCUGGUACUACGAGGCGACGGUGCUGACGUCGGGCGUCAUGCAAAUCGGUCUCGCGACGAAACGCAGCCGCUUCCUGAAUCACGAGGGCUACGGCAUCGGCGACGACGCCUCGUCGGUGGCCUACGACGGUUGCCGCCAACUCAUAUGGUACAACGCGCGGAGCACACGGCACGAGCAUCCGAAUUGGCAGUCGGGCGACACCGUUGGAAUAUUAUUGGAUAUUCCGAAUGGCGAAGUGGCGUUCUAUCUCAACGGCGUUCGUCUGAAGGAGGCGAAUCGCGAAUUUCUCGCGAAUCGCCUACCGUCGGAGGGCGUGUUCGCCGCCGCCUCGUUCAUGUCGUUUCAGCAGUGUCGAUUCAAUUUCGGUGCGACGCGAUUCAAAUUCAAUCCCGGUUGCGAGUUUCGAUGCUUCAACGACUACGGUAGUCUAAGCCACGCGCAACGCACAAUAAUGCCGCGUCGAAUGCGUCUCGAGCAACUCGAGAAGGAGCAAAUUCCCGAUGAUUAUUGCACAAUUUGUUUUGCCGAGCCGGCGACGACACUCUUGACGCCGUGCAAUCACGAGGGCUUCUGCCAACAGUGCGCACUUCAAAUGGACCAAUGCCCGCUGUGUCGGGCGCCCAUCGAAGAGCGAACGUCGAAAUCGAACAGAUCGUUUGAAUCAUCGUUCAUCGCGAAAUCGCCAUCGCAAACCGGCAAUAAUUCGCUGAACGAUUUCGUGCGGACGGGAAGUCAACGGAAAAGCAUGAGGGCUAGCUCGUUUCAGCCGGCGAACGCGAACGAGACGAUGGAAACGGUGGGCAUGCCGAGAACACUUGAUGAGGAAUUGAAGUUUAUUAAGCCCAUCUCGCCGAGUGUCUAUGGCAUUUCCAAAGGAUUUGUGCCAAAUAUGAAUGUCGACGCCAAAUUCUAUGCGAAUGACAAUUUGAUGGCGCUUUUGAACGAGGAACUACACGCCGAAAAAUUUGCAGCCGUCGGCGGUUUUCUUCCGGCGACGAAACAGAUUGCCAACGUCGCCGCUCUGCCGGGCAUCGUCGGCUCGUCGGUCGGUUUGCCGGACAUCCAUUCCGGUUACGGCUUCUCGAUCGGCAACGUCGCCGCGUUCGACGUCGCCGAUCCGAAUUCGAUCAUCUCGCCCGGCGGCGUCGGAUUCGACAUCAAUUGCGGCGUUCGACUCAUCCGAACCAAUCUUCACGAAUCCGAUUUGAAAGAUGUCAAAGAAACCCUCACGCAAUCCUUAUUUGAUCAUAUUCCAGUUGGCGUUGGCUCAAAAGGCGCGAUUCCGAUGAGCGCCGCCGAUCUUGUCGACUGUCUUGAAAUGGGCAUGGAUUGGACACUACGCGAAGGAUAUUCAUGGGCGGAGGACAAAGAAUAUUGCGAAGAAUAUGGUCGAAUGUUGCAAGCCGAUUCGUCGAAGGUGUCGAUGCGCGCGAAAAAGCGCGGCCUUCCCCAAUUGGGAACCCUCGGCGCCGGAAAUCAUUAUGCUGAAAUUCAAGUCGUCGACGAAAUUUUCGACGCCUCGUCGGCGCGCACGAUGGGAAUCGACGAGAUCGGACAGGUCGUCGUCAUGCUCCAUUGCGGCAGCCGCGGUUUGGGACAUCAGGUGGCCACCGAUUCGCUGAUCGAAAUGGAGAAGGCGAUGUCGCGCGAUCACAUUGUGGUGAAUGAUAAGCAGUUGGCGUGCGCGCGGAUCAACUCACAAGAAGGCAAAAACUACUAUGCGGGAAUGGCGGCGGCGGCGAAUUUCGCUUGGGUCAAUCGCUCGUGCAUCACAUUCUGUGUUCGCAAUGCGUUCGAGCGCGUCUUCAACAUGUCGGCCGACGAUAUGGAAAUGCAGCUGGUUUAUGAUGUUUCGCACAAUGUCGCCAAAAUGGAAGAGCAUUUGGUGGAUGGCCGACCGCGUCAGUUGUGUGUUCAUCGCAAAGGCGCCACGAGAGCAUUUCCCGCUCAUCAUCCGCUCAUUCCGGUUGAUUAUCAGCUGAUCGGCCAACCAGUAUUGAUUGGAGGUAGCAUGGGAACGGCGAGCUAUGUGCUGACGGGCACCAAUUGCGGAAUGUUCCAAUCGUUUGGGACCACUUGUCACGGAGCGGGUCGAGCACUCUCGCGUGCGAAAUCGCGACGAACUCUGAAUUGGGAGUCGGUUGUCGAGGAUUUGAAGAAGAAGGACAUCUCGAUUCGAAUUGCCUCGCCGAAACUCAUCAUGGAAGAGGCUUCGUCUGCUUACAAGAAUGUCGAUGACGUCGUCGACACGUGCGAAUCGGUGGGAAUCAGCAAAAAGACAGUGAAAUUACGCCCGAUUGCGGUCAUCAAGGGUUGA